CAUCAUCGCCACCAUCGUCAUCAUCAGCCGAAGUGGACGCCUCGAGGGAGUGAAGAUGCCGGGAGAUUUUUAUAUCCGCUAUUAUGUCGGCCACAAGGGGAAGUUCGGCCACGAGUUCCUGGAGUUCGAGUUCCGGCCUGAUGGCAAGCUGCGGUAUGCCAACAACUCCAACUACAAGAAUGACGUCAUGAUCCGCAAAGAGGCCUACUGCCACCGCUGCGUCAUGGAGGAGCUGAAGCGCAUCAUCGACGACUCAGAGAUCAUGCAGGAGGACGACUCUUCGUGGCCGCAGCCUGACCGGGUGGGGCGGCAGGAGCUGGAGAUCGUGAUUGGUGAGGAACACAUCUCCUUCACCACCUCCAAGAUCGGCUCCCUGGUGGAUGUCAACGGCUCUAGGGACCCAGACGGCCUGCGGUGUUUCUACUACCUGGUGCAGGACCUCAAGUGUCUUGUCUUCUCCCUCAUCGGCCUCCACUUCAAGAUCAAGCCUAUCUAAGUUAUUCGCUAUCACUCGGAGAUGACUCUAGGCCGUUGCAGAGUGACUCACAGCUUUGAAGGGGGAGUUAAGGCUUCUAGAGACUGUCUUUUGGAGUUUGGGAAUGAUUUGAAUAAUUUAAAUAAAACUUAAGGCUACCGAGUAUGACUUAUGGCCUUUUGGGAUCACUUCAGAAGUCUUUCGAUACAGUGGAUGUUUUUAAAAAGACUUAGGAGAAAUUUGAAGACUGUCUUUUUGGAAUAACUAUGGACUGUGAAAAAAUUUGAAGCCUUUAGUUGACCGUAAGACUUUUGUGAGUGACAAAAUCUUAGAGAAUAACAACUUGUCCAUUUGGAAUAACUAAAAGAAAAAUAAAGGUAAUGCAGGGACCAAACUGUAAAUGUGCAUGUUAAUUAUAAUAUCAAAGUUCUUUAAGUUCAGAACAAGAGAGAAAAGAUUUGGAGUUUUUUUAAGACCUUGUUUAGUAUCCUGUCUUUAAAAAGGGAAGAAAAUAAUUAUGGAGGUCAAGAUUGUAUGACUGGGAGCUGUGAGUCAGUCGGUCAGUGCCAGGCUUUACAUUUGAUACACUUGGGAGAAACAUUAGAAACUGUCCAUGCAUCAGCUGUGUGUGUGUGUGUGUGUGUGUGUGUGAAUGUCUGGGUGCGUGAAUGUAUAUAUGUAUUCAUUCCAAAACCUUUUUCUGAAUGUUACAAUAAAUUCUCCCUUUACA